UCCCCAAGCCCCAAUGCAUGCUGGGAGUUGCAGUCCCUUUUCGAAAGGCUGGGGCGGCCGUGAUGUCAUCGGUGGUCGCCGGGAGCCGCCAGCACGUGGCGAGGAAGGGGCGGUGCGCGCCUGCUGUCUGCACCUGAGAGGGGGCAGGAGCUGCCGGCGCUUGCGCCUCCUGCUGCGGUGCCCUCCCGACAUGCCGGAGGAGGCGGGCUUCCCGCCGGCCAAGAGAUUCCGGCCGGGCUCUGGGCCUCCGAGCCGCUCUGGGUCCUUCCCUCCUGGGAGGCAAGUGGUGAUGCUGCUGACUGCGGGCAGCGGCGGCAGAGGUGGAGGAGGAGGCCGGAGGCAGCAGCCGCCCCUGGCCCAGCCCUCGGCCAGUCCCUACCCUGAAGCUGUGGAGCUGCAGCGCCGGAGUCUGCCCAUCUUCCAGGCGCGGGGACAACUGUUGGCCCAGCUCCGAAACCUGGACAACGCGGUCCUCAUCGGGGAAACUGGCUCUGGGAAGACAACUCAGAUCCCUCAGUACCUGUAUGAAGGAGGGAUCAGCCGCCAGGGCAUCAUUGCUGUGACCCAGCCUCGUCGAGUAGCUGCCAUCUCUCUUGCUACUAGAGUCUCAGACGAGAAGAGAACUGAACUCGGGAAGCUGGUCGGCUAUACAGUGCGCUUUGAUGACGUCACCUCAGAAGACACCAGGAUCAAGUUUCUGACAGACGGCAUGCUUCUGCGCGAAGCAAUUUCAGACUCUCUGCUUCGGAAGUACAGCUGCGUCAUUUUGGAUGAAGCUCAUGAACGGACUAUCCACACAGAUGUGCUCUUUGGAGUGGUUAAAACCGCACAGAAGAGGAGAAAGGAACUAGGGAAACUUCCUCUGAAAGUGAUUGUGAUGUCAGCUACGAUGGAUGUGGACCUGUUCUCUCAGUAUUUCAAUGGCGCCCCCGUCCUCUACCUAGAGGGUCGGCAGCAUCCGAUCCAAGUGUUUUACACCAAACAGCCUCAGAAUGAUUACCUGCACGCCGCGCUUGUCUCAGUCUUCCAGAUCCACCAGGAAGCCCCUCCUUCACAGGACAUCCUGGUGUUCCUCACCGGGCAGGAGGAGAUCGAAGCCAUGAGCAAGACCUGCCGAGACAUUGCAAAGCACCUCCCAGACGGCUGCCCUGCGUUGCUGGUCCUUCCGCUGUACGCCUCCCUGCCCUAUGCGCAGCAGCUGCGAGUCUUCCAAGGGGCCCCAAAGGGCUAUCGCAAAGUGAUCAUUUCAACCAACAUCGCUGAAACCUCCAUAACCAUUACAGGAAUAAAAUAUGUAGUUGACACGGGCAUGGUUAAAGCAAAGAAGUAUAACCCUGACAGUGGUCUUGAGGUGUUAGCAGUGCAGCGGGUAUCGAAGACGCAGGCUUGGCAGCGCACAGGGAGGGCUGGCAGAGAGGACAGUGGCAUCUGUUACCGGCUCUACACGGAGGAGGAGUUUGAGAAGUUUGAUAAGAUGACCGUGCCAGAGAUCCAGAGGUGUAACCUGGCCAGUGUGAUGCUGCAGCUUCUGGCAAUGAAAGUCCCAAAUGUGCUCACCUUUGACUUCAUGUCCAAGCCAUCUCCGGAUCACAUUCAGGCGGCCAUUGCCCAGCUGGACCUGUUAGGUGCUCUCGAACAUAAGGAUGACCAGCUUUCCCUGACUCCAAUUGGAAGAAAGAUGGCGGCAUUUCCUUUAGAACCCAAAUUUGCCAAAACCAUCCUCAUGUCCCCCAAAUUCCACUGUACAGAGGAGAUCCUGACCAUUGUCUCCCUGCUGUCUGUGGACAGCGUCCUCCACAACCCUCCUUCCCGGCGAGAGGAAGUGCAAGGGGUCCGCAAGAAGUUCGUAUCCAGCGAGGGGGAUCACAUGACCCUGCUCAAUAUCUAUCGGACCUUCAAAAACCUGGGUGGAAAUAAGGAUUGGUGCAAAGAGAAUUUUGUCAAUAGCAAGAAUAUGAUGCUGGUCGCCGAAGUCAGAGCACAGCUGAGGGACAUCUGCUUGAAGAUGUCAAUGCCAAUCGUGUCAUCCCGAGGAGACAUGGAGAGCGUCCGCCGCUGCCUGGCUCACAGCCUCUUCAUGAGCACCGCCGAGCUUCAGCCAGACGGCACCUAUGCCACCACGGACACCCACCAGCCGGUGGCCAUCCACCCGUCGUCCGUCCUCUUCCACUGCAAGCCGGCCUGCGUCGUGUACACCGAGCUGCUCUACACCAACAAGUGCUACAUGCGGGACCUCUGCGUCGUGGAUGCAGAGUGGCUGUACGAGGCUGCCCCUGAAUACUUUAGGAGGAAGCUGAGAACCGCCAGAAACUGAGCCGCCCCAGGAUGCCAGGAUGCCACCAGAAUCGCUGGUCCCUGGGAGCUUGGACUCCAGUCGUCCUCACAGCAGCCUUCCAGGGUGGCGCUUAGAGAAGCCUUGGAGUCAGCUGAGCGUGCCUGACUUCCAGGGGCUUGAAAGCAUCUUUGCUUCACCUCCUAGGACUGACCCAUGUAGACAUGGACAUUUCAUUUGUAACUGGAAGCUUCAAAAUUAUGAUUCUGGUUCUUACUGGGUGACUUUGACUUAAUUAACACCUGAGCCUCAGUUUUCUCAUCUGCCAAAUGGGGGCAAUAAUAAUAAUCCUUAUAAAAUUGGGUUCAUAAAGUUUAGAGAAAAUGAAUGGAAGGUACCCAGAACUAUGCCUGGAGCACGCCACACAAACAGGGAGUUGGGAGCCAUUAGGCUGAAUGUUGCUGUUUCCACGUGAUGUGAAUUAGGUACAGCAACAUCCCAAGUUCUUGUGACUGAGGGCGAUUUUCUGGAAGGGCCACAGGAGGUUGCAGAGCUUGGAUGUUGCCCUUGGUUCUUGUUUAACGUCUAUCUGCACGCAGUUUUAAAAUAGAAAACACAACUGACUUCUGUAGAAGUUUCCAGAGGGAGGUGCUGUUAUCUCGUACCUCCUGGGAUGGCGAUCCCUACUGAACACUUAUGUCUAGAGGUGGACCGCUCUGUCUGUCUCCAAGCAGAGACCAGUAAAGGAGCCUCCUGGUCCUCGGUACGUGACCCUGUUGGUGCGUGACGCUGUCAGUGCUUUCAGGAGACAUGUAAGCUUCCUGGGUGAAGGCUGAUUUAUACCUUCUGAAUCCUGUCACACAUAGACAUGGGAAACUGGCCUUUCAGUGUUUUGUGUGUGUAGGUGACUCCCACAUACACAGUUGCCAUUUUUCUCUCUAACUGGGCACCAGCGAACAUGUGGGCAUGAAGAGUGACUCGUACCAUUUCAGCUGUUUCUUUUGGGGCAGAGCCCCUGGUCAGAGGUGGUGGGGGUGGGGAGGGGGGAGGGGUACAUAGAACCCAGAGAACGUUGGCUUAUGCCAGAGACCACACCACAUCUGGGCUUGCAUUCUUGUAUCUUUCUCGGUGUGUGGGCGGGGGGCGGUUCAGUGAAGACCAGAAGGCCUGCUGGACAAAUUCGAAAAGAGCUGGAGCUGUAGCACUUACUCUUGCGUCUUAUUAAUGUGCUAUGAUAUUUUUUCCUUCUUCGUAGGGACUUGGGGACAGUCUGGCUUUGCUGCUUUCUAACUGCUAGGCACCUCCCUCUAAGCCUCAUUGUCAGAGGGAAUUGGAGGUCUCCACAGUCUUCCUGUUCUGACAUUCCGAGCAGAGAAAAGGCACUCACUGUUCCUCUUAGCUAUUUAAUUAUCAGAAGCCAGUAAUCUUUCCCCAGACAAUGUUCUGUCCUAGAAGUCGUCGAGCUUUGGCUCUUCUGUUGUGCUUAUUUGGUCCAAAUACAUCUGUGGGUGUUUUGUCAUUUC